AGGGGAGGGAAGCGGGUGGCGGCGGCGGCGGCGGCGGCGGCAGGGGAGGCGUCGUUAUUUCCGCGGUCUGCUCGGUGCGUGGCGGCGCGGGUGGCCACUGGAGUGGUAGGUAGGGACCGCCCGUGCGGAGCCAUUAAGACUUCCUGUCUCCCGUGUCUGAGCGCUCAGACCCCGCUCUUGUAGCAGAUCCUGGGGACGCCAGGUCACCCUGCGGCCCCGGCCCUACCGCCGCGCCUCAGCCGCAAACUCAGAAGAGCUGGGCUGAAGCACUGGGGCAUCAUGGUUAUGAAAGCGUCCGUGGAAGACGAUGAUUCAGGAUGGGAGCUCAGUAUACCCGAAAAGAUGGAAAAGAGCAGUGCGAACUGGGUGGACAUCACUCAAGAUUUUGAAGACGCUUGUCGAGAAUUAAAGUUGGGAGAACUGCUUCAUGAUAAGCUAUUUGGUCUUUUUGAAGCCAUGUCUGCCAUUGAAAUGAUGGAUCCCAAGAUGGAUGCUGGCAUGAUUGGAAACCAAGUUAAUCGAAAAGUUCUCAAUUUUGAACAAGCUAUCAAGGAUGGUACCAUUAAAAUUAAAGACCUCACCUUGCCGGAAUUGAUAGGGAUAAUGGAUACGUGUUUUUGCUGUUUGAUAACAUGGUUAGAAGGCCACUCCUUGGCACAGACAGUCUUUACAUGUCUUUAUAUUCAUAAUCCAGACUUUAUAGAAGAUCCUGCCAUGAAAGCUUUUGCUCUUGGAAUCUUGAAAAUCUGUGACAUUGCAAGGGAAAAAGUAAAUAAAGCUGCUGUAUUUGAAGAGGAAGACUUUCAGUCAAUGACUUACGGAUUUAAAAUGGCUAACAGUGUGACAGAUCUUCGAGUUACAGGCAUGCUAAAAGAUGUGGAGGAUGAUAUGCAAAGAAGAGUAAAGAGUACUCGAAGUCGACAAGGAGAAGAAAGAGAUCCAGAAGUUGAACUAGAACACCAACAGUGUUUAGCAGUAUUCAGCAGGAUGAAAUUUACUCGAGUGUUACUGACUGUGCUUAUAGCCUUUACUAAGAAAGAGACCAGUGCUGUUGCAGAAGCUCAAAAAUUGAUGGUUCAAGCAGCAGAUCUUCUUUCUGCCAUUCAUAAUUCAUUGCAUCAUGGCAUCCAGGCCCAGAAUGAUACUACAAAAGGAGAUCAUCCAAUUAUGAUGGGCUUUGAGCCUCUGGUUAACCAGAGGCUACUUCCACCUACCUUCCCUCGAUAUGCAAAAAUAAUUAAAAAGGAAGAAAUGGUCAACUAUUUUGCAAGAUUAAUAGAUAGAAUAAAAACUGUCUGUGAGGUGGUCAAUUUAACAAAUUUACAUUGUAUCCUGGAUUUUUUCUGUGAGUUUAGUGAACAAUCACCUUGUGUUCUUUCAAGAUCUCUAUUACAAACCACUUUCUUGGUGGAUAACAAAAAGGUCUUUGGAACUCACCUCAUGCAAGACAUGGUAAAGGAUGCACUUCGGUCUUUUGUCAGUCCUCCAGUGCUUUCCCCAAAGUGCUGCCUAUAUAAUAAUCACCAGGCUAAGGAUUGUAUUGAUUCCUUUGUUACUCACUGUGUUCGGCCUUUCUGUAGUCUUAUUCAGAUCCAUGGGCAUAAUAGGGCUCGACAGAGAGACAAGCUUGGUCAUAUUCUUGAGGAAUUUGCUACCUUGCAGGAUGAGGCAGAGAAGGUUGAUGCGGCUCUUCACACCAUGCUGUUGAAACAGGAACCCCAAAGGCAACAUUUGGCCUGUUUAGGUACCUGGGUCCUUUACCAUAACCUCAGAAUUAUGAUACAGUAUCUUCUCAGUGGCUUUGAAUUGGAGCUCUACAGCAUGCACGAGUACUACUACAUAUAUUGGUAUCUGUCUGAAUUCCUUUAUGCAUGGUUGAUGUCGACAUUAAGUCGUGCUGAUGGCUCUCAAAUGGCAGAGGAACGGAUAAUGGAAGAGCAGCAGAAGGGCCGUAGCAGUAAAAAGACAAAGAAAAAGAAGAAAGUUCGCCCUUUGAGCCGAGAAAUCACAAUGAGCCAGGCCUAUCAGAACAUGUGUGCUGGAAUGUUUAAGACCAUGGUAGCAUUUGACAUGGAUGGCAAAGUACGAAAACCCAAGUUUGAGCUUGAUAGUGAACAAGUUCGAUAUGAGCACAGAUUUGCUCCAUUCAACAGCGUAAUGACACCACCCCCAGUACACUAUCUGCAGUUCAAGGAAAUGUCUGACCUCAAUAAAUACAGCCCUCCCCCCCAGUCUCCAGAACUGUAUGUGGCAGCUAGCAAACACUUCCAGCAGGCCAAAAUGAUCCUGGAGAACCUCCCGAACCCUGACCACGAGGUCAAUAGAAUUUUAAAGGUUGCCAAACCCAAUUUUGUGGUUAUGAAGUUACUGGCAGGAGGACACAAAAAGGAAUCUAAGAUAGAUGUCAGCUUGUUUUCUAGUGAUCUUCAUAAACCCAGGUUCCUCCUGAAUUUGAUUUCUCUGCUCACAAAUAUUUUCCUGUUGUGAAACUUGUUUGAGACUGACAGGUGACGAUAAAGGGGUAAAAUCUACUUUCAGAUUCUACUUUUUAGGACCCACCCAUCAGUCUUACCAUAUAACAUGAAGUGAAAUGGAUUUCUUGGAUAACCACCCAUUAUAAGGAAUUCUUUUAAUUUGGCAGCCUUAUAUGAUGUGAAUGAAAACUGCUGUUUUAAAGUGGUUUAUUAUGUCCGUGGAUGAAACUGAUGUUGUUGAAUGCAUUGAUGAACGUUAUAUGGUCUUAUUACAGAUUUAAUCAUAAAUCAUUUUUUAUGAAUGACUGAGUGAAAAUAGUGUUUGUAAAGGUAAAUAAAUUUGACCAAAAUGUAUUACUGGAGAUAAGAGCUGAAGGUGUUUACUCUUUAACAUUUGAGUAAUUGAAACAACUUAUCUAAAAGAUGUUUCAAAUCAAGUGAUUUAGGCAAAAUACAUUUGAACGGGGCCUAGUCUAAGCUAUGUAGGGAGGCUAUUAUAUGGGCAUUAUGAUUCCAUGUCAUGACAUUAAAUUAUAUACCUGUAAGAAUGUAGAUGUUUUUAAAAAUGUCUUUAACUAUUACUUUGGUACUUUUAGAAGAUUAAAGCUUAGGCCAAGCCCCUUAAAAGUACUUAGCACUUUCAGUUGUAAUUUAAAUAGUUGUUCCUAUCUUCCCAACUGUAGUAUAAGCUUGAGGAAAGUGACAAUCUUUCUAGAACCUGCUCAUUCAAUUAAUGGAAUAUGGAAUUUUUAAAUGUGGCAUUGAGCUAUUCUGGGGUAAACUGAGUAGAGAAGGUAAAAAAGGUCACUAGGGCAGUAGGUUGACUGCCUUUUUUUAGUAAAAGAAACACUGAUGGUGGGAACAGGACGGAUAAAAGGUCAGAGGAAUUUGGAGUAGCAAGUUGGAGUCUGGUCCUUGCACUUAAACAGUUUGCUUCAGCUGAUAAAAGUUGAUUCAUUUGUCGGGUAUUUACAAAUCAAUCCAAGCACACAAGUUGGUAUAUCAGAUACAUCCAAAUCUUGAGAGUAGGGAAUCAGAACUGGUUGCUUUUGCUUAUAAGGAGCCAUAAAAUAAAACUUGAGAUGACUGAAUAUUUGUGUCAUCCUACAGCUGCCCAAAGAGUUUUAAAAUUGAUUUUGAAGAGAUGAAAUGACCUGAGAUACUGACCAGAAAGAUAAGGUUUUUUUCCUGUAGUCCUCUGCUAAUAAUGCCUUCCAUUUAAGAAGAGAAUUUAUCUGCUUUUGGAGGAUCAUGUAAAGUUAUUACACAACUCUGAAACCUUCUGUCUACAAUUCAAACAUUAAGCCAAGCUUAAAGGAAGGUGUUGUACUUUGUUUUGAUCACAGAUAUGUCAUCUGUUGAGUUCUAGAAUAAUUUUGUAAUGAGCCUAUCUCAAAAACCAGAGCAAGAUUGUCCUUUACAGGAAAACAAACAAAAAAAACAACCCUGUCAGUUGUAGGCUGCUGGUUGAAAUCACAGAACUACUUUUUUAAAUGGUACAAAAAUGUUCAGUGUUGAUAAUACAGCAGCUUUUUUGGAGAGAGA